AUGAGGCUGGAGUUCAGGCACCGACCUCCGCCGUCUCUUUCUGUCCUUCGCUUCGUAGUUGCCUUCCUCGGCAUGCGCGCCGUCGCUCGUCUCUCCCUCUCCUCUGCCGAGCGGCUCUCGCGCCGCCGCGGCGGGCUCAGCUGCUUCUUUCUCCGUCGAGUGUCUCCGCCCCAGCGCGUGAGGCACUCCCCAGAGGGCUGCCGGCGAAUCCUCUUCGCGUGCUCACGAGUGAGAAGGCGCGCGGCCGAGGCAGGGCGCCGCGCGGAGAACAAGCUGCUGCAGAGGGCGACGCGAGAAGCGCCGCAGAGAGAGAAAGGCGCACGCAGGAGAGAGAGAGAAAGAGAAGGAUGCGGCGGACAGCGGAUGCUGAAAGAAGCGCGAAGGAAGAACAUAAGGCUGAAACAGGCGACGCCAGGGACACAGCCUCUGGAUGGCGGAAGAGACGGCGCGGCAGAAGAGGCAAACGAGAGAGACGCUCCGCGCUUCACAGGGAGAGAGAAAACGAGUGGAGGGCUGGAAAUGCAGAAGGGCGCGUAG